UCAACUCCCUCCCUCUCUCUCUCUCUCUCUCUCUCUCUCCUCCUCCUAUUCCUUCCUUGCAUAACUCACUCACCCAACUCAACCAAAACCAAAACACCAACUAAAAACCCUUUCAUUUUCUCCCCACAUCCAUCUUCUCUCUCUCUCUCUCCUCACCCCUCUCAUGCCUUUCCCCCAACCAUGUCAUUGCCCCUCCCCCUCCUCCUCCUCUCCCUCCUUUCCAUCCUCCCUCAAUCUCUUUCCCUCCCCAAAGGAACACUAAUAAACUGCGGUGCGCCGGUCAAAUCCCUGAUCGACGGCCGCGAAUGGCUCCCCGACACCGGCUUUGUCUCCGUUGGGACCCCGCGGAACCUGACGGCCCCGGUCCUCGUCCCCGUCCUCUCCACCGUCCGAACGUUCCCGAACAAUCCCCACCGCAAGUACUGCUACACGGUGCAGGUCUACCGCAACGCUAGGUACAUGGUCCGCACCACCUACUACUACUACGGAGGCCCCGACGACACCCCGCCAGUUUUCGACCUGAUUGUAGACGGCACCCUCUGGGCCGUCGUUAACACCACAGAGGACUUCGCAAAAGGCGAGUCGACUUACUACGAGGGGGUCUUCCUCGCUCAGGGCAAGACCAUGAGCGUGUGUCUCGGGUCGAACAAUUACACCGAAUCCGACCCGUUUAUCUCCGCCCUGGAGUUUGUGAUUCUCGAAGACUCGCUCUACAACUCCACGGAUUUCAAGUCGUACGGCCUCGGCUUGGUUGCAAGGCACGGCUUUGGCUACACUGGACCAGUCAUUCGAUACCCAGAUGACAAAUUCGAUCGGGUUUGGGUGCCAUUUGAAGGGUACAAUCCCGUCAAUGUAAGCAACACGAAUGUGUCUGUUUCUGACCUGUGGAACUUGCCCCCUUUGAAAGUUUUCCAGAGCGAAUUGACGACCGGGCAAGCUGAAACUAUGGAGUUGAAUUGGCCUCCUGGGUCGGUUCGGGAAUCGAACUACUACAUUGCUCUGUACUUUGCUUUAGGGAUGUUGGGGUCGAGGGUUUUCAACAUCAGCAUCAAUGGUGUGCCAUAUUAUGAGAAUUUGGAUGUGACCUCAGAAGGGCUUGUGGUCUAUGCGCGCAAAUGGCCUCUUUCUGGUGUUACAAGGAUCACUUUGACUCCCUCUGCUGGGUCAAGUGGUGGUGCUCUGAUUAAUGCUGGCGAGGUGUUUGAUGUGCUGCCUCUUGGAGGAACAACUUUAACUCGAGACGUUAUUGCUUUGGAAAGUGUAAAACAGAGGAUUCAGAACCCUCCAUCUGACUGGAAUGGUGAUCCUUGUUUGCCCCGUCAGUACUCGUGGACAGGCAUUACAUGCUCUUCUGGCCCUCGACCUCGUGUGGUCACUUUAAAUCUGACGAGUAUGGGCCUCUCAGGAUCGUUAUCACCUAGUUUUGCCAAUAUGACCGCAUUGUCUAAUAUCUGGCUUGGGAAGAACAAUUUUUCAGGGCCUAUUCCUGAUCUCAGUUCAUUGAAGAGACUGGAGAAACUGCACUUGGAAGACAAUCAUUUUAGUGGGGAUAUCCCCUCAUCGCUCGGGAACAUUGAUAGCUUGCAUGAACUCUUUUUACAAAACAAUAAUCUGACUGGUCAAGUUCCUACUAGCCUUACUGGAAAAUCUGGGCUGGACCUAAGGACUUCUGGAAAUUCUUUGUCAGCACCUCCACCUUCUUGAACAGCUAGUGUAUGCAUUCAAAGGUUGCUGUGGCUGCUUUAUUAUUAUUAUUUUUUUUUUUGAGAAACUUGUUCCAUACCUACAUGAAGAGCUCUCAAACAUUCGGAUGGGAAAUUUGCCCUUGCCAGCUCUUUGAUCCCGGAGUCGAAAGUUCUCUUGCUCAGCUGUCUUUAGUUUUGAUAGGAUUCAAGGUCUUCAAUGAAACUUAAGUCUGCAGUUUUAUGCCCGAUUGUUCAUGUACAGUCAUUUUGAUUUGCUGGUUUCUUGGUAUAAUUGGUUGCUGCUCCAAAGUUGUUCAUAUUAAUUUUCCUUAUUCUUUAGUACAGUUGUUUUUUUUUUUUUUUCUCUUUCAAAUGUACACCCUGAAUUUAGACCAAAAAGAAAAAAUGUACACAAUGAAUAUGUUGGUUUGUUAUAUUUUUGUAAAGUGAUUGGUGUUGUUUUUUCA